GUCACCAGCGGAACAACAAUACGUCACGUUAAAUUUGCCGCAUGAUAAUUGCUCGUAAGUCCGAUCGGAUCGCUGUUCCGAAGUAUUGGAAGAUUUGGAAGUAUUGUGCAUGUGGCACGCGCGCUGGAUGGAUUGGCUAUAAUCAUCAAUGCAUUCUUUGUAGUUAAAAUAACUUUAGUUGACUCUUUCGGAGAUGAGGGGGCUCAUAUUUUUUUACAUAUUCUUGUUAUGCUCUAGUCAACUUGGAGCUGACAAGAAGAUUAACAAAUAUGUGACAACUUUAAUAAAUGCCAAAUGGAAUGAAACGCCUCUGAUUCUUGAGGCAGCUGAAUAUUUCAGUGAUGAGAAUCCAAGUUACUUUUGGAAAUUUAUCGAUUUAUAUUCCAGAAGGAUUAGCAAUCUUGUACUAGCUACACAAAAAGAGAAUUAUGAUGUUAUUCUGGAAUUGGCUGAAAAGUUUCUGUCUCAAUCUGAAAUGGCAGUUUUCAAAUUAGGAUUAUCUUUACGUAUUUAUUCCGCACGUGUGGAAAUGUACUCUCAAAUGGCUGUGAAUAAAAAUGUUUCUUUAUAUGGAUGCAACAAUGUUGUUAACGUUGGUGGAACAUUUACUUGUUCUUUAGAAGAAAUAGACAAAUUGCUUGAUCAGGAUACAUGGGAAACUAUAGAUACCUAUGAUGCAGAUCAUCAAUAUUUAAGUACUUCUGAAUCUGAUAAAAAAAUUAUAUUGUAUGGUCAAAUUGGAACGCCUAUAUUUAUUGAUUUUCAUGAAAAGUUAAAAAAUAUAGCGGAAACAAAAGGGAUCAAUUAUAUCCUUCGUCAUUAUGUUAAGGAGAGGGAGGAUAAGAAAUUGCGGUUAUCAGGUUAUGGUGUAGAAUUGCAAAUGAAAUCUACAGAGUACAAAGCGACUGAUGAUUCCGAUAUUAAAGAUAACACAGGAAAAAGCUCAGAAGUGGCAAAUGAUGGCAUGGAGGAAAUUGAAGGAAUCAACUUUAUGACUUUAAAGAAAUUAUAUUCAGAUCAACAAGCUGAAUUGGAUAAAAUACAAACAUAUUUACUGGAAACUAGUCAUGAGAUCGGUGCUUUUAAAGUAUGGCAGUUUCAAGAACUAAGUCACCAGGCAGCUGAAAGGAUAAUGAAGUCUCCUUCUACAGAAGCACUAUACAUUAUGACUGAUAUAUCGCAAAAUUUUCCUAUGCAAGCAAAAUCGCUAAUUCGAACUAAAGUGAAUAGUGAUAUGAAGAAAGAAAUGAAACUAAAUCAGGAAAUAUUUAUGGCAAGUCUAAAUAUACAACCAACUGAUACAGCGCUUUUCAUCAAUGGUUUAUUUUUUGACUUGGAAGCUAUUGAUGUUCUAACCCUUUUAGAGUCUUUGAGGAGCGAAUUACGAGUCAUGGAAGCUCUUCAUAAAAUUGGUUUUAGUAAUAAAAAAAUGAGUAAACUAUUAGCUUUGGAUUUAUCUGGAGAUACAGAUAAUCAAAACUUUGCAAUGGAUAUAAGAGAUUCCGCAAUAAAUUGGAUUAACGAUAUUGAGAAUGAUCCACGUUACAGUAAUUGGUCACCAUCGUUAACCGAAUUAUUACGACCAACAUUUCCCGGCAUGCUUAGAAAUAUUAGGAGAAAUUUAUAUAAUCUAGUAUUAAUUAUUGAUCCUCUAAGUGAAGAUUCCAUGCCAUUAAUAGCUCUAGCACAAUCUCUUUAUGCGCAUUCUGCACCACUGAGAGUAGGAUUUGUCUUUGUAACAAAUUAUAAUACAUCUGUGACAGGUUUAAUGGAUGCUAGUGUUGCGGUUAAUAAUGCGUAUCAUUAUUUUGCAGACACUAGAAGUCCAAAAGAUGCUCUACAUUUUUUAUCAGAGUUAGGAAAUUACAUCGGACAAUCUAGUGCUGAUGUAGAUGAUAUAAAAAAAGUUAUAAGAUCUAAAGACUCGUCCGCUAGUAUACCUUACAUUCUUGGUGAGGAGUCUGAAUACGACGUAGGACGCCAUCUGGCCAACGACUUUAUAAAACGAUGUGGUUUUAAGAAGUUCCCACAAGCUUUGUUAAAUGGUGUACCCUUGACGCCUAAUCAGAUAAAUUCUGAAUCGUACGAGGAAGCAGUGUUAUCUACUAUUAUGUCACAGACACCUAUGUUGCAAAAAGCGGUAUAUCGAGGUGAAGUAACAGAAGGAGACGAUAUCGUUGAUUUUCUCAUGAAUCAACCAAAUGUUAUGCCACGAUUAAACGAGCGUAUUUUGAAGGUGGAUAGGAAUGCAUGGUUAAAUUUAAUUGGCACGGUUCCUGAAGAUGAUGACUAUACUAAAUGGGCUUCUCAAAAUUUAUCCACUUAUUUAAUGAAAAAAAUGCAUUAUUUCUUCGUACCGCGUCGUAAUAUGCGUCAUUUAUAUUCCUUCUGGGUUGUAGCUGAUUUGAAAUUAUUGUCUGGCAGACAAUUACUACGAGAAGCUCUUGAAUAUGUAGAAUCAAAUACUGAUGCACGAGUUGGUAUUAUUAUUAAUGCAAAAGAUGACGCAGAUCUAAAGUCUGAUAUUAACAAAAUUGUACUUGCUGUACUAAGUGCAUUGUCACCAGAAAAAGCUAUACUUUACAUGCGUAAAAUCCUUAAAGAAGAUAAUGCUGCUCUCAUUGCUGAUGGUAACUUUAAUAUUGAGGAGGAAUCCGUGGUGGCAAAUUUACAGAAUCAAAAACCGAUAUUAUCAUUAUAUCAAUAUUACGUUAAAACCGUUUUAAAAAUGGAGACACAAGCAAGAGCAGUUUUAUGCAAUGGCCGUAUUAUUGGCCCUUUUGAUAGUAGUGAAGAAUUUACGAGUGAAGAUUUUUCUUUAUUAGAAAGAUUUAGCCAAAGCACUUAUGGCGAAAAAUUAUUUAUGAAAUUGAUAAAAGAUCAAAUCUUCAACGAAGAUGAAUAUGAAGAAAAUAAUAUUACUGACGAUACAAUUAUGAAGAUUACUUCACUCUUAGUGCCACGUCCACAAACUCGAAGUCGGUAUGACGUUCCUUUCCAUGGAGAUGAUCACAGUGUCAUCAAAAUUUCAGCAGCCAAUCCCGAUGAAGUUGCCUUCAACUUUAUUGGUAUUGUGGAUCCAGUUUCACGUGGUGCUCAAAAAUUGGGUCCAAUAUUAAAAACACUACAACAAGCUUUAAAUUGUAAUAUAAAAGUUUUCUUGAACUGCGUAGACAAAAAUAGUGAUAUGCCAUUAAAAAGCUUUUAUCGAUUUGUGCUUGAACCUGAAUUGCAGUUUACAACAGAAGGAGAUAUUAGUGGUUCUAUCGCAAAGUUCACAAAACUUCCUACUUCGUCAUUAUUAACACAAUAUAUUCAUGCACCUGAGAACUGGUUGGUGGAAGUAGUUCGCAGUAUUUAUGAUUUAGAUAACAUUAAGCUCGAUAAUGUCGCGAUGGGUGUACACAGUGAAUUCGAGUUAGAAUACUUGCUGCUUGAGGGUCACUGUUUUGAAGCAGUAAUAGGGAAUCCACCAAGAGGUCUUCAGUUCACAUUGGGCACUGAGAAACAGCCCGUGAUGGUUGAUACUAUAGUAAUGGCGAAUCUCGGCUACUUCCAACUUAAAGCAAAUCCUGGCGAAUGGGUGUUACGACUUCGACAAGGACGGUCCGCAGAAAUAUAUGACUUUACCACUGUUGAUGGACAAGAUGUGAUUCAGAACGGUAAUGAUGUGAAAGUACUGAUAAGUUCUCUGAAGAGUCAUGUGUUGAAAGUGAAGGUUUCCAAGAAGCCAGACAAAGCAGGGGUCGAUCUUUUGUCGGACAACGAGAAGGACUCUGGAUUAUGGAACUCCAUUUCUAGCAUUGCCAAAUUUUGGACAUUUACGGUAACAGAUGAAAGUGAAGAUAAAGAUGAGAAAUUGAAUAUCUUCUCUCUUGCCUCUGGACAUUUAUAUGAAAGAUUCUUAAAGAUCAUGAUGCUAAGUGUUAUUAAACACACUAAGACACCGGUCAAAUUUUGGUUUUUAAAAAAUUAUCUUUCACCAACGCUAAAGGACUUUUUACCACAUAUGGCUAAAGAAUAUGGCUUUGAAUACGAACUCGUUCAAUACAAAUGGCCUCGCUGGCUUCAUCAACAAACUGAAAAACAGAGAACUAUUUGGGGAUACAAAAUUUUGUUUCUCGAUGUAUUAUUCCCGCUGAAUGUUAAAAAAAUAAUAUUUGUCGACGCUGAUCAAGUGGUAAGAGCGGAUUUGAAGGAACUAGCAACUUUGGAUCUUGGUGGUGCACCUUACGCGUACACGCCAUUCUGUGACAGCAGAACCGAAAUGGACGGGUUUAGAUUUUGGAAACAAGGAUAUUGGAGAAAUCACUUGCAGGGUCGUGCUUAUCACAUCAGCGCACUAUAUGUAGUCGAUCUCAAACGAUUCCGACGUAUCGCUGCUGGAGAUAGACUACGAGGACAAUAUCAGGCAUUAAGUCAAGAUCCAAAUAGCUUAGCAAAUCUUGAUCAGGAUCUUCCUAAUAAUAUGAUUCAUCAAGUGGCUAUCAAGACACUACCACAAGAGUGGCUAUGGUGUGAAACCUGGUGCGACAAUGCAUCAAAGAAAUAUGCCAAAACUAUAGAUUUAUGUAACAACCCGAUGACUAAGGAAGCGAAAUUACAAGCAGCUAUGCGUAUCUUACCCGAAUGGGUGGGUUAUGAUGAAGAAAUUAAAGCUCUGCAACAGAAGAUAGAGAAUGCAAAUAGACAGACGGAGAAAGACAGUGAAACUAUUGAUCACGUCUCAAGCCAUAAUGAACUGUAAAUUACAUUUACAUAUGAUGAUCUGAGGUAUAUAUUGAGCCCCAAGAUUGUCAAAAAAAUUUUAUAAAAUUGUGUAUAUAGAAAUCUUCGUUUGCACUACAUUAGCAAGCGUCAGUACGUAAAAAUUCCAUAUUUCACUUUUGUAAUUGACACUUGGCACUUUUGUAUAAAUAUUUGCCACUGGUGCUCUCGUGUAAACUCAAAAAUAAGGAUAUAUUGGAAGCUGAAGAUCUUUGUUACUUAUUCUUAUUAGAUCCACAUCGUAUAUAAUUAUAAGUUAUGGACUUCAAUAAUUACCUCAUCUUUUCAUAUAACAUAUGUUAUAUGAAAGAUUACUUAUUUCUUCAGAUCAAGUCGAUAAGAAGUCAGUAAAGUCCAAUAAUCUAAUAAUUGUUGGGGUUACAGUAUUCUGAUUAGUCGUGAACAUACAAUUCUGUUUAUGUUAUUAAGCCAAUUGUGAUUGAUUAUUGUCUACUAUAAUAGUUAUAAGAAAUAAACUUGUAACAUUUUGUAACUUUGAUAUUUUCUUCUGUAUAGCAUGAUAAAGAAAGAAAGAGAAAAAGAAUAUCUGAUAAAAAUGCUCAAUAUUCGGCUUUUAAAUAAAUUUGUCUGUAUAUACGGUA